AUGAUUCAAGCGACAGUCAAAGACAAACAUGGGAGAGAUCCAGUCAAUGCCAACGUAGACCUCGUGAGCGAGAUUUUCAUCGUAUGCAGCGACAAAGACGAAGACUUGACGAUCUCAAUUGACUGGAGGGAAGACUUUGUCGACAUGAGUCGAAACAAAAAAGACGAUAUCGAGGUCCCUGCUCUACGGGCGAAAAGUUCAGCGAUUCGAAGUUCAACUGCAACAACACUGCCUUCACUCGCAGCCCGAGUGCCAGUUUUGUCGAGAGCGACGAGUCAAGGGGCUUAUUUUAAUGGAUAUCGGCAGAGUCUGGACCCCGACCAUACCGUGGGAAGGACGCGUGUACCGUGGGACUCGAAACGUGACGUCGAGAUCCGAGGGCCAGAGAUGAGACCGACUCGGAUUGUUGCGUUUGAUGUCGGUGGGAAACUCUUUCGCUGCAAAGAGAGUUUGAUUGCCAAGUAUCCACGAAAGCGACUCAAUCAGAUCAUCACUUGUACGUGUGGCAAGAUCGGGUGUCUCAAUGACGCCUUCUUUAUCGACCGCAAUCCCCAGCACUUUGAGAUGAUUCUGGAUUGGUAUCGGACUGGAAAACUUGUGCGGCAACGCAACGUGAACGAAGAAGCGUUCAAGGACGAUGCCAUUUACUUUGACCUGUUUGAAGAGAUGUUCCCAGCAACUCCAACUGGAGAUCCCUCUCAGUCGUGGUCGACGACCAAGACCUCCUCUGGAUUACCUGCUCGCAGACGAUCAGUGAAUGACGUGGAUCUUGGGCACAGUACUACGCAGCGUGUCAGUAUGUUUGCGAACAUGGCGUCUGUUGCACCGUCCCCAAGGAAGACAACAACAAUAGAUGCAAAGACGACGAAAGAUGAGCAACCAGAAGACGUUGGACUCCCGAAGACGAUCGGUCAUGGUCCACUGCGCUUCUUCCGACGCGAGAGACGCGUGUUGACACCUAGUAGCAUCCCUUUGGUGUUCAUGGUCCGAAAGUUUGAGCAGUUGCUAGUCGAGAGUGUAACAGGACGAGGGAAGCUCAUGGUUCGCGUGUGUGGCGAAACGGGAAUGCAGGCUGUGAUUGUGCCUGAAGCUGUGCUAUACGACAGUCACACGUGCUCGUACUCAAAAGAAGCUCGCGCACAGCUACGGCACAAUGCAUUGUUGCCAGGAGAUCACGUCUACACUUUCUGGAUCGAGAAGAAUGCAAGUGAGGCCAGUGUUCAAACAUCCGCCCCACCAGCGCUGGAUAUUGCGUUCAAGCUUCUGUUCACGUUUGACCCCAUCGAUCGACUCACCUCUGUGAUGGAAGUCGAGCUUACGCGUUCAACGUCCGAAGGUGACAAUGCGAUUUGCCCACUAACUUCGGAACGAGCUCCGCAGCAGAACAAAGAGACCGACUUGGUCGGUCCACGUCUGUUCAUGCCACCUUUGCCAAUGCAGCGCGAUCUAGAGUCCCAUCGCCGUCAACUACUCUAA